UAGGAAUUGGAAUUGAUAUUGCUAACAGGUCCCUUAUUGGAUGUCCCAUCCCAGCUGAUGCAGGGUUCCUUCUCACAGCUUCUGUUUUAGAUGGGGUUUCUACUGAAGAGAAGAGAUACCAUGACUAUGGCAACUCUUAGAAAGGAAAACAUUUAACUGGGGCUGGGUUAUGGUUCAGAGGUUUGAUCCAUUAUCAUCUUGACAGGGAGUAUGGCAGCAUUCAGGCAGACAUGGUGCUGGAGAAGGAGCUGAGAGUUCUACCUCUGGACCAGUAGUUACCAGGAAGAGCGAGUGACACUGGGUCUGGUUUGAGCUUCUGAAACUGCCCCUGGUGACAGACUUCCUCCAACAAGGCCAUACCUCUAAUAACACCACUCCCUGUGAGUCUCUAGGGCCAUUUUUAUUCAAACACAACAGCUGCCAAAGCAGGUAGUCAGGCUAGACUGGUAAGUCCCAGCCACACAACAGCUGCCAAAGCAGGUAGUCAGGCUAGACUGGUAAGUCCCAGCCACUUGUGGCAGAAGAGGAAGAGGAUAGCUGAUGGCUUCUGGCGUUGUUUCUUCCCUUUGCAGCUUUGUUUCUUGAGGUUUCAGGUCUGGUUCUCCUGUGCACUUCCCAGGACCAGCACUAAGCUCUGCAUGCACAUACAUCAGGGAUUCUAUCCUUCAUCCUUCAGUAUCUCCUAGCUCCCUCUGGUACCAUCAGCCAUCCGUUCCUAUCAUGGACAUACCGCUUAUAGUUGUUCUCCCCUCAUUCCAGGGACCUUGGUGUGCUUCUGUCUAACUGGAAACAUGAGGCAUCUUCUCUCCAAUGAGCUGUCCAGCAAGCCCCCAGGAAGUGCUAUCUCCACUCAUGCCCUCUAGUGCUGGGGUUACAGAUGUUCACUUCCACACCCAGCUUCUACGUUAACGUGUACGUGUUGGGGAAGACGUUCCUGCUCUUGGCAAGGGAGCUUUGCAUCAACGCACCAGCUAUAGACCCAUGCUUGUACAUUCCACGCUUUGCUCAUCUGCUGGAGUUUGGGGAGAAAAACCAUGAAGUAUCCAUGACAGCCCUGAGGCUUCUGCAGAGAAUGAAAAGGGAUUGGAUGCAUACAGGCCGGCGCCCCUCCGGCCUCUGUGGAGCAGCACUUUUGGUUGCAGCCAGAAUGCAUGACUUUCGGAGAACGGUCAAAGAAGUCAUCAGCGUGGUCAAAGUAUGUGAGUCCACACUACGGAAGAGGCUCACAGAAUUUGAAGACACUCCAACCAGUCAGCUCACUAUUGACGAGUUUAUGAAGAUUGACUUGGAGGAAGAGUGCGACCCUCCCUCAUACACAGCUGGCCAGAGGAAGCUGCGCAUGAAGCAGCUGGAACAGGUUCUGUCAAAAAAGCUAGAAGAAGUUGAAGGUGAAAUAUCCAGUUACCAGGAUGCCAUUGAAAUUGAGCUAGAAAACAGCCGACCAAAAGCAAAAGGGGCUCUUGCCAACUUGUCAAAGGAUGGCUCCAGUGAGGACGCCAUGUCCAGCCCACUCUGUGAGGAAGACACUGAGGAUGAGGAGUUGGAGGCUGCUGCCAGCCACAUGAACAAGGACUUUUACCGAGAGCUCCUCGGGGACGAUGGUGGCUCAGAGGCAGCAGGAGACCCUGAUGGGGGCAGCACACCCCUCGCCCUGGAGUCCCUACUUGGUCCCCUGCCCACAGCAGCCAGCCUGGGCAUCUCCGACUCCAUCCGAGAGUGCAUCUCCUCCCCAAGUGGGGACCCCAAAGACUCUUCAGGGGACGGGGAGCUGGACCUCAGUGGCAUCGAUGACCUUGAGAUUGACAGAUACAUCCUGAACGAGUCAGAAACCCGAGUGAAAGCGGAGUUGUGGAUGCGGGAGAAUGCUGAAUACCUGCGGGAGCAGAGGGAGAAAGAAGCAAGAAUAGCAAAGGAGAAGGAGCUUGGCAUCUAUAAGGAGCACAAGCCCAAGAAGUCUUGCAAACGUCGGGAGCCGAUCCUGGCCAGCACAGCUGGGGAAGCUAUUGAGAAGAUGCUGGAACAGAAGAAAAUCUCCAGCAAGAUCAACUACAGUGUGCUGCGGGACCUUAACAGCAAGGGUGGAGGCAGCCCACCCAGGGACGGCUCACAGCCCCCAGAGCAUGCCAGCACCAAGAAGCUGUCACGGAGGAAAAGAGCGGCUACCAGGAAUAGUGCUGAUCCUGGGACAAGCACAGGGAAGAGGUUGAGGCCUCUGGUGUCUGCCCAGCCGGCUAAGAAGGCAGCUGUGGGAGAGGCCUUGCUCUUAAGUUCUCCUGCCUUGGGAGCAGAGCCAAUCAAGCCAUCAGCAGUCUUGGUAGAGAGUGGCCCUGUGUCGUACCAUCCUGAGGAGGAUGCAGAUGAGGAGGAUGCCGAGGACGAGGAUGGAGAGCCCUGCGUCAGUGCUCUGCAGAUGAUGGGUGGCAAUGAUUACGGCUGUGAUGGUGAUGAGGAUGAUGGCUACUGAGUUUCCACUCAAGACCAGGCAGCGUCCUGGUACUGGACUCCAAGUGUAUCUGUUUUAUGGUGUCAGAUGGGCCCUGGGGCCAUGGCUCAUAGGAAUGAUUUCUGAGACUCGACCAGUCAAGCACUGCCCCACUUAUUUGAAGCUCUCUUCCCAUGGCUACAUUGUGGACCAUUGUACUUAGUAUUGGGAAUCAUGUUUUGAUCAAUGUAAGGGAUCUUUUUGCCCAGCAAGGGAAACUAGCUGUGUGUUUAUGUGUAAUGAAACAUGGUCAGAGAGUAGCUGGGUCUGGAUCCCACUUCAUGGCCUAGCCUGCUAGUGACUGUUACGAGGAAUCCUCAGGCAGGCACUGUGUCCUCCUGUCAUUAGGAAAUUGAAGCACAAGGGCUUCAGUCAAGAAGUAGAGCCCUACUCUUAGCCUGCUUCCAGUGUUCUCUGCCCUGUCCUUCCCAUCCUGGAGAGAGGUAUUAAGCAAGAGACAUAUGGCAGUUAUUUCUCUAUACUAGGCAACCAUAGUCCGGAGUCUGUGCCUUUAACUUCAGCACCAGCUUCCUGCAGGCAGGAUGCUCCCUACCGUUCCCAGUGUCCAUUCGCUGAGCAUCAUAGGCCUCAGUCUCCUGCUUAGGACGAGACCUUGAGGCUACCCAGUAGCGUCUUAGUCAGGUUUAUCAGCAUCACCCAGAAAGUGAGACCACCAGUGUGCAGCUUUCUGUUGAUGUCUACCACAAUCUGUGUGGAGUUCUGGCCCUGCCCCAUCAGUUAGAGUGAACCUUUAGUCCUGCACAGAACCCUCUGCCAAGAAGCCUGCAAGCUGUCUCCUGGGCCUCUUCAUGAGGAGGUCCACAGAGUACCCUCGGUGCACUUAACUCCGACCUCCCUUUCCUGGAUGCAGCCUUGGACGCAGACUACUCGACUUUCAGAUCAGGAGGUGGGGGCCAGGCCUGAGGUGGUGAGUUGGGGCAGCUGAAGAUGAGAGUGGAUGGGUCAGACCGGUAAGAAGUGAUUUUGACGAAAAGAUUGCAAGAUGCUUUGGGAUUCUGUGUGGGGAUAUGGAACCAUGCUCAAAGGCCCUUCCCAGAAGUGAGAUCAGAACUGUGGUAGGGGAGAAUAGUUUUAGUAUGUUUGUACGUUUUUAUACAGCAGGACUUGCCUGUGGCGUGGAGAGUACAGGGUGAGGGGUGGGAGGUGGGAGCUCAGGAAGAAGAAACAAGUGCCCUGAGAGGAGAACUGGGAGGAGGCCUGCUCCCCAGCUGUGCCUUGUCUGCCUAGGAGCCAGCAGGAGGAAAGGUCUGGAAAAUGAGCAAGGGCUGGGAAGGCUGGAGUGCUCUUGGAAGGUAAUUGAGUUGCUCACUUCCACGGAUAGAGUUAGAACACUGGGCAGUGCUGAGUGAGGACAGUCCCUAGAUAGGUUAAGUAGCAAAGUGUGUGUGUGCGCGCACGCACGCACGCACGUACGUGUGGGUGUGUGUGUCCUGAAAUGUGGGACCUGGUUUGGGGAGACCCAGGUGCUGAGGAGGAAGGUCCCAGUAGGGGGCAGCCGUGAAGUGGGCAGGAUGCCUCUGAGCUGAGGUCAGAGCCUUGUGUUUGUGCUACAAGCAGCACUAGUGUGAAGCUCAAGGAGGCACUGGGAUUAUCACAGCAGAAUCCUCCUGCCUGGGGUCUUGUCAGAGUGCAGAGCAGUACCUCAGAUAGCCUCCUGGGAAGAACUAGUCCUCACUGCACUGGACCUUAGAAGAGGGGAGGAGGAAAUGAGGGCGUCCACUGGAUCCUGCAUUCUAGACUGAGACUCUGUGUGGUGUGCACACUUGAGUGCUGAGCAAACAGGGUAACUUAUAUCUCCCAGCCUCCUAUGCCUCUGUCUUCCUGCCUGGAGGAGGGAGGUGCAGGGGACACUACAUAUAUGGUACACCAUCCCAAGUUUCUUGCCAGCCCCCUAAACUGAGGGACCUAGUACUUUGUGGUUGCCACCAUCCUCUGCAAACUGGGUGAUCACUGGGGCAAUACAGUAGCAGUCAGCAAGGUUCCUGUAAACCUAGGCAUGUGAGGCUUGGCAGAGUGUGUGCCUGUCUUUAGAGGGAACUGGGCCACAGAAUGAGAGGUUACAGCCAUGCAAGGCUGUGAGGCACUGUUCCCACUUGGAGCUGUUCCCUCCUGAGCUAUUGUACCCAUUGAGAAACUGGUCCAGCAUACCCUGGACCCGGGUUUUCUGAUUCAGGUGCUUUGUCCUCCUAUACACUAUUGAGCAGGAGUGGAACAAGCCCUGUGUGGGUUGGGGCACUUCUUUUAUACAUAGUUAGAAGGUGGAGUCUGGUUUGGCCAUGCCCUUUGCCCAGAUACCUGUCUAGGAGCAGGCGAUGGAUACACCUUGACAGUGCGAGAGAAUACAUGGACUGGGCAUGGAUCCAGCUGGAUAGAUCUUUGCCUCUGUUUGAAGUACCUCUAGGUGGUAGGUACCCUACAAGAAACUCCAGAGACCAGAGAAACAGGGUCUCAGUGGUGUUAGUGAGGAAGUGGAAUAGUGGGGUACGUGCAUCUUAGGACACCUGUUAGACCCAGAAUUUCUCUCUGGCAUCCCUUCUAAGAGGUGUAGAGCGUGAGUUAAGUAAAGAAGGGAGACUGGUCGGUACCCCUAGAGACUGCUUCCUGCAUGAUGGCUAUAGCCUGGGCUCUAAUUGCUCUCUUCUUAGCACAGAGCAGUUCAGCUCUGGAUGUUCAAGUGUGCACACCAGACAGGGUCCCAAUCUAGAACCAGGAUCCAGUGGACUCCCUCUUUCUCUCUUUCCCUUUUCCAAGGCCAACUCAGGAGCCGUGGACAGUGGGCUUUUAGACAGGAGCUGGAACUGGGUCUAGGGUGGUUUCUUGGUAGUCCUUCCAGUCUAGUGAUCCAAGCCCGGGCCGGCCCCUGGAAGGCCCUGACUUUAGUGAAGAGAUCCAUCAGCUCCUAAACCCCAUAGAUUGCUAGAGCCAUAAUUUGCUGUAGGCUCCUAGCCCUGCAGCCCUGCAGCCCCACAGCCUCCUCCACAAACCCUUACAAGCUCUGGGCCUACGCCAAUACCCUGCCCAAGUCAGUGUAGAGGAGAGUGUCUGAUUCGGUGUGCCCAAGCCUUGGGGUGUAACCCCAAUCUUGGGCACAGAAGCAGCUUUGUACUCGCUGAUUAUUAACCACUCCUUCAUUGACUUACCCGCCCCAUCUAAUAUUUCAUCGUGAUGGAACUUGGGAUCCCUACUAGGAAUUCGCCUGAUAGUACAAAUCAUCACAGGGUUAUUUCUAGCAAUACACUGUACAUCAGAUACAAUAACAGCCUUUUCAUCAGUCACACAUAUCUGUCGCGACGUAAACUAUGGUUGAUUAAUUCGAUAUAUACAUGCAAACGGAGCAUCUAUAUUUUUCAUUUGUUUAUUUUUACAUGUCGGACGAGGUAUAUAUUAUGGAUCAUACACAUUUAUAGAAACAUGAAACAUUGGAGUCCUCCUAUUAUUUGCAGUUAUAGCCACAGCAUUUAUAGGCUAUGUUUUACCAUGAGGACAAAUAUCAUUUUGAGGAGCAACAGUAAUUACCAACCUCCUAUCAGCUAUUCCAUACAUUGGAACUACUCUAGUUGAAUGAAUCUGAGGUGGAGUCUCAGUAGAUAAAGCUACAUUGACACGAUUUUUUGCUUUUCACUUCAUUUUACCAUUCAUUAUUACAGCCUUAGUAAUCGUUCAUC